AUGGAGAUUUCAGGCCCCAGAUGCGGCCCUGGAAUUUUACCACAGGUCGUGGUAGUACUGUCCCCAGAAACUAAAGAGGAAACUGUUGCAUGGCUGCUGAGAAGAAUAAGAGAAAAACAGCAAGAAGGAGGUGCUGAACUGCAUGUGGAUCAGCUCCGCUCUGAAAUUGUGAUGGAGGAAAACGAAAACCCGAACAUUUUUCUUGUGGCAGCCUCCUGGCCAAGAUUACUCUCUGGUGCUGAGGAUUUGGGUCUCUUCAAGGAGUUUAGUGAUGGAUCAAUGAGGAGUUUUACGUGCAUCAACAGCCACAACUUUAAAGAAUUCCAUGGGGAUGGCGAUGGCUUCCUUAGCAUGGCAGAGUGCCAGUACAUCAUUAAACAUGAGUUGGAGACUUUGCGGGCGAAAGAUGAGACGCAUGUUCCAGGAUACACACAAGCUAAGCUUUACCCAGGAAAAUCUAUCGGUGUGGACAAUGUACUCUGGAAACUCAAGAAAUGUGUCUACAGCCUUGCAGACGGCUCCCUCUACUGGUACAACAAGGGUGCCCCUCGCCUGUUGCCCGAUGACAGCUGGGAUAUGCUUCAGCAUGCCCACGACCUCCGUGGGGCCAAGCGUUCAGAGACUGCAAUCCAAAGAAUACUCAUCCAAAUGUUUCCACUGCAUGACAAAGCGGAACUAAAGCGUCUUUCUUUUAAGUGGUAUAAAAAGGUUAAGACGUCACUUCAGCCCCUAGAAAACCACAGGCUUGAGUCUUCAUAUCAGAAUCACUUGGUCCUCAAAGUAUUAGUCUUCAACUUCUUGAACUGUUUUGCCUCGCUGUUUUACAUUGCCUUCAUCAUGCAAGACCUAAUACUUCUCAGGCAGAAUUUGGCAACCUUGUUGAUCACCAGUCAAAUCAUAAAUCAAUUCAUGGAAGCGUUGGUGCCCUACUGGCUUCAAAGGGGAUACAAUAAGAAGAUGAUGAUGGAGCUCCCUUUGAUUGAACAAGUGCAACUGGAAACUGACAUGAGCCCUUACUUGGGUACUUUUGAUGACUACCUGGAAUUGUUCCUUCUUUUUGGUUAUGUCAGUUUGUUCUCAUCUGUUUAUCCUCUUGCUGCUGUCUUCGUGGUUUUGAACAACAUAACAGAGAUUUACUCUGAUGCUUUUAAAAUGUGCAAUUUGUUUAAACGACCAUUCUCUGACCCAGCUCCGAACAUAGGGAUCUGGCAGCUUGCCUUUGAAGCCAUGAGUGUCAUUGCAAUUGUGACCAACUGUACACUUAUUGGCAUGUCUCCUCAAGUCAGAGCUUACUUCCCUGACUCUGAGAUGCAUCUCAUGCUGUGGACAGUGGCUAUUGAGCAUGGAUUGCUAGCCUUCAAGUUUAUCUUGGCAUUCCUGGUUCCAAAUAUUCCCGAACACAUUCAGAUCAAACUGGCUCGUCUGGAAUUUGAAUCAAUGGAGGCCCUCAAAAAAAAAGAUCAUCUGCGGCACAACACCAGUCCAAUGCUGCAAGCACCGGACCUCCCGUGA